GCAGCGAUAUAUGGCUGGUAUGCUGAUGGAUGUCGAUGAUAUAUGACUGAGACACGAGGACGAUUGGCUUUUGAUAAGACCCCAGCUUAGGUCGUGCUGGUAACACGAGGUCCAGUCCGGAUUUCGUUGGUUGUACGUCUUCGAGUGUGGCGGUUCCACGCGAACCUGUAAAAUCGUCAGUGCAAGCGCUCUUCGCAGUCGCCGUCGUCGCUGUCGAGACUAGCUGCGUAGACCAGGGCGCUUAACUCUGACUUCUCACUAGCACCAACUUGUCAACUCAGUCCACCAGCCAUUCACGGCCUGCUGGCCAUGAAAGCGUUUCUCAACAGGUUCAACCGGGGCCUCUCGAAAGACAAAGACAGGGACAAGGACAGAGAGAAGGACAAGGACAGGGAAAAGGACAGAGACUCCCUGUUCGUCCGCGACCGCAGCGACACCACAACCCUCAGCUCGUCCACCAACUCCCAGUCGCCCAAUGCCACCCCGCUCACCCGCAAGAAGGAACUCGCCCAACUGCCCCCGCUGCGGGAAUGGCCGCCCUCACACCCAGCUCACAGUCGCCCGGAGAGCAGGCAGGAACGUCUCUCGUCCUCCUCUCCAAGCAUCACUCCAAGCCAGAUCCAGCGGUCUACCAGCGCUGGAACCACUGGAACCAGUGCUGCGGACACCCCUUCCUCAAUUGCGUCCACGAAACCCCUGCCGGACUUGUCUACCCGGCCUCUCCCACCAAUCGAAGAACCCCAUGACGCAGACAAUGACAGCGGCGUCGGCCUCCCCGUGUCUUCUCCCGUCCCCAACCCUGCAGACCCAACAGAUCCUGCCGUUAAAUCCAGUGCACUCAAGUCAUCCAACGGUUCGGUAAGCACUACCACCACCACCACGGACACGCAGAAAAAGGUCGCCUUCCUGUCCCCCCCGCAAACUCCCUCGGGACUUUCGACGACACAGCCUCUUCCAGAGACCAACAAAUCCACCAAUACCGGAUUGUCACUGCAGUCAUCUGCAGGCGCUCCGUCGAAAACCGCCCUUGCUCGUUUUCAAGCAGCACAUGGCAAGGAUACGCGUGGUUCUACUUCUACCGCCACAUCAAACACACGUACAGACGCUACUUCCAAGUCAACCACCACCACCACAUCCCCCGCAGCCGCUCCACCCCCUGCUGUGACUACAACUACCGCAGCACCGAGCAUCAAAGCAACAUCAACACGCACAGCCCCAUCGCCAUAUCCAGUCUCUGUGCGUUCCCAAACCCCCUUCUCCCAAAUGUCCGUAUCCAGUACCCGUAUCCUUGCGGUUUCCUCGUGGAGUGAGGGCGCCGAGGAUGAUCUUGUCAGCAACCUCGGUCCCCGCGAACGGACCAGACAGGAGGUCCUCUGGGAGAUCGUCGCUAGCGAAGAGCGAUAUGUCUGUGACUUGCAGAAAAUGAAGGAAACCUUCAUCGAUCCUCUCCUACAUCCAUUUGCAACACCACCAGCUACCUCCCCUACACCUUACGACUACGAUGAUUAUUCAAUCGCUCCCUCCAGAUUCGAGGCAACCCAGGACUCCAUGGAUACCCUCCCACCCAUAGCUGCACGUUUCAUGUCCCCAACGGGUUUCCGUAACGAGGGCCCCUCACCGCAAGCACCAGAUACUAAAUCCCUCGCAUUGACUACUCCAAAUAUUGAUGGAGAGUCCAUGGACACGGACGACGACGACACCGAGCACGUGCACGGGCAUCAGGGCAACCACGCUAAAGUCGCGGCGAAGCACAGUCAUCCCCGCUCACCUUAUCGUACAGCAUCUGCCGCUGCCGGUAAGAACGGAAAAACAAAGGAGACAGUCCCCUUCCCCUCGCGUUCACACGUGUCCAUACCUGCCGGACAGCGUGCGCGCAUCAACCAAGCGGCAAUGUCCACGCAUUCGCUGGGGAGGCAAUCUGUGGCAGAACACGAUUGUGACAGGGAUGUUGCAAGAGAUAAGGAUAGAAAUAGGAAGGACAGUACUAAGACAACGCCAACCAUACAUACUGCCCGUGUCCUACGGAGGUUCAAACGGUCGCAAACGGGGCCGGAUACCGUGCUGCAGGGUUUGGUCCCUCCACACCUUCUUCCGGAAGAUUUGCGCAUAUGUUUGGAGGUCGUUGAGAGCGGCGUUUUGGAGGGGCAUACCAAACUUAGUGAAGGGCUCAGAAAACGAUACGACGAGCAAUACCCCCUUGUGCGAUCCUUGGCAGAUGUAUUUGUCUCGAACUCGCACAUAUUUCAGGGCUACGCAACUUACGUUCUCCAUCUCGAGCGUGCGCUCGAACAGGUUGACAAUGCACUUUCGACUGCCAGCGAGGCGAAGAAACCAAAAAAUCAGGACGCCGCGGAAUGGCUGAAGGUGUGCAAGAGUCUGCAGCGGCUGGAAGAGCUCGCAUGCGAGAAGGGUGAGACUGGUCUCGCCAUCUCCCUCUCGAAGCCGUUUCAGCGGCUGCUCAAGUACCCGCUCCUCUUCCAAAACCUCCUCUUCCACACCGACCCUAGUACUUUCGAGUACGAAAGUUCGCUGCAGAUGGUAGCGGAGAUCGAGACCAUUGUAAGGAGCAUCGAAGACGAGAAAAUCCAGAAGGAAGAUCGGGACAAGACCAGAGAUGUGUUCGCCCGGAUUGAAGGGUUGGACAAGGUCAAACAACUCGCGAUACCGAAACCUGCUCGACUGCUCAUAGAAGAGAGACAAUUGUUCGCAGUAGGACGAGAUACCACGUCAGGCAGUCCAAAGGGAUCGAGUCCACCCCCAGCAAUCGCGAACAAGAAUGUGAAGGGCAAGACUUCGCUUCGCAGGCUGAGUGAUGUGCUCGGGUCUGGUUCGGGUAUUGGGGGAAAGAAGGACUUGUGGUUGGUAGUCUUCAAUGACGUGGUACUGAAAUGCCAGCGUACGGGAACGACAUCGCUGCCUUUAGUAUCUUCCACCAACUCUCGAACCAACUCAUUACCAGACAUGCAGGGCAAAACCAAGUAUGCGACUACAGGACGUCGGAACUCGCAUACUAAGCCCCGCAACUUGUACAAGUUCAUAAAAAUUGAAACUUGGGCAAUAGGGGACGUUGUCCAACCCAAAGAAGGUGUCGUCGCUAUGGAAGAUGUCGUGCGGUCCAAGGCGGAAGCGCACUCGUCUAAUAAGCCUAAGAUUAUACCCCUUCCUGAUGACGAUGACGACGACAACGACUCCGAUGACUCAGAUAAAAAGAGCAAAAUGAGUUUCUCCUAUUGGGGCGCCGACAAGAUCACGCUCCAAAAACCAGUCCUGAAGCCUAAGCAACCCGGUGUCGGCGGACCAUCGCGUCGCGUAUCCCCUGGAGGGACGUCGUACGCCCGAGAAUCGUCUGCCAACGCCAAGUUUGGCACACGGCUAAUGUCCGCUGACCAAGCACCUGCACUCCGUCCUGGCACCAGGAGAGCACCAACUGUUACAAGUACGAGGACCCGUGUCAAUCCUUCUGACGACAGUCAAUCUGUCAAAGCCACAGUCACGCGGCCUGCGUGGGGCACGAGUGUUCGGUCAAACCCUGCUAAUCCUCCUAAGCGACAACGCCAGACCUCUCAAACAAGCGCAACUACGGCGCGGCCCGAUAACCUAUCCGCGACUAACAAUGGUAGCGGCAAUAAUGACAACAACAAAUCCCAAGCUUCACCUGUUGCAUCGGAAGACUCCGCUUUGAAUCUAUACCGGCAAAUCACUAUUCAGGAUCCGACCCUGAAUCAAUUGUAGAGUGCUGGACGGGUGUGUUUUUCGCUAGUGGCGUCCAGAACCCUUUUGUUUCCUCAUUUCCAUAUCAUUUCGUUCUCGCUCUCUCUGCGCUUUCUUGACUGGCCACACCUCUCCCAUUGCCUUAAUUACAUCUGAUGUCCCGUCCUUUCCGUUGCAUUAUGGCCGACACUCUCCUUCAUCCAACUCGACUGUUACUACAACUGCGUUUCCUUUUACUGCUCAGUCAGUUGGUACCCUCCCUUGUUUGAUGAUACCUCAACAACACUCUCAUUGAUUGAUUUUGGUCUUGUUUUUUCCAUCUAUUACUUUUUAU